AUGUUAGGCCCUAAGCUAGUUCAUACCACUAAUGAAGCUACACAGAAGAUUAGAGCCUGUAUGUUGAUAGCACAGAGCAGACAGAAGAGUUACGAUGAUGUACGACAUAGGGAUUUUGAGUUUGAUAUAGGGGACAUGGUUUUUGUGAAGGUAACACCAAUGAAGGGUGUUCUGAGAUUUGAGAAGAGGGGAAGGUUGAGUCCCUUUUUGAUUCAACAUAUAUUUGACUUUGAGCCAUUGCAAACUAAUGAGAUUUUGAGUUAUGAGGAGCAACAAGUUGAGAUUUUGGCAAUGGAAGUUAAGCUACUUUGUAGCAGAGUUGAGAUAUUUUUGGAAAUUGAGAAAUUUCUUCGUCCACAAGAAGUGGCAUCAUCGUCUUCCUUCGUCCGCAAGGUUUCUAUAUUUUUCGUCAGAUAUUUUCUAUCACGUGCAGUCGUAGUUGGAGAUCCAGGCUUCGUUCAAGCAUUCGUGUGA